CGGGAGGGCAGGAGCCCCGGCCAUGAGCUGACCGGCCAUCAGAGCACCGGGGAGACCGGCGGAUGAGUUUGCCGUUUCACUGGUGGAGAAGAUGCAGGCUCAGGAAAUCCUGCGGAGCCUGCGGCUCCCCGAGUUCGAUGACCUCAGCCAGUUCUUCCGCAACCUGCCGGCCACAGCGCUGGUGGGCAUCGGUGCCUUUGCAGCUGUCGUCGCCUACUGGUUUGCCAGCCGGCCCAGGGCUGUGAAGCCACCCUGUGACCUGCACAUGCAGUCAGAAGAAGUUGAGGGCCUGGCUGGGGCACGCCGCUCAGUGAUUGGGGACAGCCCGCAGCUGCUGACGCACUACUACGAUGAUGCCAGGACCAUGUAUGAGGUCUUCAGGAGGGGAUUCAACAUCUCUGAGAAUGGCCCCUGCCUGGGGUUCAGGAAGCCCAAGCAGCCCUACCAGUGGCUGUCCUACAAGGAGGUGGCUGAAAGAGCAGAAGCUCUAGGUUCAGGCCUUUUGCAGCAGGGCUGCAAGCCAUGCACAAAGCAGUUCAUUGGUGUCUUUGCUCAAAACCGUCCAGAGUGGAUCAUCUCUGAGCUGGCUUGCUAUACCUAUUCCAUGGUGGUGGUUCCCCUGUAUGACACCUUAGGUCCUGGAGCCAUUCGGUACAUUGUCAACACAGCUGACAUUUCCACAGUCAUUUGUGACAAGCCUGAAAAAGCCAGGCUACUCCUUGACCAUGUGGAGAGGAGAGAAACACCAGGCCUGAGCUUUAUCAUCCUGAUGGACCCAUUUGAGAAGGAGCUGACAGAGAGAGGGAAGCGCUGUGGGGUUCGCAUCCAGACCAUGCAGGAGGUAGAAGAUUGUGGCCGUGAGAGUCGACAUGUGCCUGUGCCUCCUCGACCAGAAGAUCUGUCAAUUGUCUGUUUUACUAGUGGCACUACAGGAAAUCCCAAAGGUGCUAUGCUGACCCAUGGAAACGUGGUGGCAGAUUUUUCAGGCUUUUUGAAAGUGACGGAGAAAGUGAUCUUUCCGAGACAGGACGAUGUGCUCAUCUCCUUCCUGCCUCUGGCUCACAUGUUUGAAAGAGUUAUACAGGUAAGAAACCUGCCUGAACUGACGAGGCCUUGUGGGGCUCCUUGUGUUUUCUUCCAGAGUCAGUGGUCUCCUACUUGUGAGGAUGUACACAUUUCCUAUUUGCCUUUAGCACACAUGUUUGAGAGAAUGGUACAGUCUGUAGUAUACUGCCACGGAGGGCGAAUUGGCUUCUUCCAAGGAGAUAUUCGCCUCCUGUCUGAUGACAUGAAGGCACUGCGGCCAACCAUCUUCCCCGUCGUGCCACGGCUGUUAAACAGAAUGUAUGACAAGAUCUUCAGCCAGGCUGACACAUCCCUCAAGCGCUGGAUCCUGGAAUUUGCGGUCAGACGGAAAAAGGCUGAAGUUCGAAACGGCAUCAUUAGAAAUGACAGUUUGUGGGAUAAACUUUUCUUUAACAAAAUACAAGCAAGUCUUGGGGGGUGUGUCCGCAUGAUAGUGACAGGAGCUGCCCCUGCAUCCCCAACUGUCCUGGGCUUCCUCCGCGCAGCCCUCGGAUGCCAGGUUUAUGAAGGCUAUGGCCAAACAGAAUGCACAGCUGGAUGCACCUUUACAACUCCAGGUGACUGGACAUCAGGUCAUGUAGGAGCCCCUUUGCCCUGUAACUUAAUCAGAUUGAAGGAUGUGGAAGAACUGAAUUAUUUUGCUUCCAAAGGAGAAGGAGAGAUCUGUGUGAAAGGACCCAAUGUGUUUAAAGGUUACUUGAAAGAUGAAGAGAGAACAGCUGAGGCGCUCGACCAGGAGGGCUGGCUUCACACAGGAGACAUUGGAAAAUGGUUACCUAAUGGUACCCUUAAAAUUAUUGAUCGGAAAAAGCAUAUAUUUAAACUUGCUCAGGGAGAAUAUAUUGCACCGGAGAAGAUAGAGAAUAUCUACAUCCGCAGUGACCCUGUUGCUCAGAUCUAUGUCCAUGGAGACAGCCUGCAGGCCUUCCUGGUGGGAAUUGUGGUACCUGAUUCUGAAGUUAUGCCAGGUUGGGCAAAGAAAAGAGGGUUUGAAGGAACAUAUGCAGAACUCUGUAAAAAUAAGGAACUGCAGCGAGCGAUAAUGGAAGACAUGGUACGGUUAGGGAAGGAGAGUGGGCUUCACUCCUUUGAGCAGGUCAAAGCCAUUUAUAUUCACUCUGAUAUGUUCUCAGUGCAAAACGGUUUGUUGACACCAACAUUAAAGGCUAAGAGACCAGAACUGAGAGAUUACUUCAAAAAACAAAUAGAAGAGCUAUAUUCAAGCAUCUCCAUCUGAAAUCACAGGAAGAAUCUUCUGAAUAAUAGACUUCAUAGCAAUAUUAGAAUAAUACUCAAAAAGUACAGAGCCAGAACAACACUGCUGAAAUGGAUACUGAAUCUUACAUUACAAAUGCAUCUGAAUCUUACAUUUGAGCCUUUCAUUUUUCUAGUAUUUCAUCACUAACCAUAUUUUCCCUUCUUUCUGCCAUCAGGUGUGAUACAAUUUCUUUUUUACUCUAGAUACACAGUAAGGCACUACUAAAAGUUAUGCUAAAUUGCCAGAAAAUAUGCAGAAAUUUCAAUUUAUGGCCAAGUAAACUACAGAAGCUUAUCUUAUAAAUAACUACAAACAUUUCUAAUUAAAAUAGGGAAAAUUUCAGGUAUGUCUGUUGAUACUUGAUUGUAUAUAACCUAAUAUAUUAGAAACUAAAAUAAUAAAUAAUUCAAUAAUGUGGUCUAACUCAAAUAAUCAGUGAUUGAUGGUGAAAGUAAAAGUCUGUUUUCUCUGAUUUGGAACUUCAAGCUGGAUAUUGGUUUAUAUAUUAAGUGAUAGUUUUUAUAUUUUUCAAGACGUAAAUUACAUUGAUUUGAUUUAAUCAUUGAUGACUUAACAACCAGAACAAAAAUAGGAAGGAAUUUCACACUAUGUGUACUUAAUAGACCUAUUAGUAUAUUGCAUUUAAUGGAUUAAUGUUACCUUGAAAUUACAAGAACAAGGUAGGAAGCAAUAGUACAGUUUUCCCUCUAUUUUCAUCCAAACACAGUUUAUUCAUGGUAUGCAGAUUCAGCAUUAGGGCUUCUUCAGUCCAGUGCACUCACAAACAUCUAAACUGCUCAAACUGAGAAGGUUGCAAAAGCAUCCCUGGCUCUGUGGUGGCUUUAGGUGGGAAUUCACGAUAAUCCAUAUGCUCCCAGUCCCUAAUUUAUUACUUCACGUGCUGCUAAUACUGCGCAUUCCAGCUGGACUAACUCCCUUUCAGAAACAGCACUAAAGAAAUGGAGCACAAGGAAUAAGCUGUGAUUCUGGAUGGGGCUUAGCAAAAUGAAAAGGUUUGGGAAAAGGCCGGCCUGAGAUGCAGCACUGGAGGGCAUCCUUUGUCUGGCCAUGGAAGGGGAAGGAAUACUGCCCCAAAAGACUCACGGGGAUGGGCUAAAGGCUGUGUUAGCCAUAGCUGUGCAAGGUGUCAACUGUAUGGCAGAACAGUAGAUGUGGUGGCAGAAAGGGGUGUUAUUUAUGAGAACAUCUUUAUGGUCAGACAUCUGGAAGCAUCAAGUCCCACUGGCAUUGCUUCAAUGGCCUCUCUGGAAUAACCAGCAAGUUGUCUGGAUAAAACCUUAGAUUUCAGUGGUUGUCAGAAAGGGGUAAGUCUCACAAGGAGCAGGAACAGACUCUAGAGCUCUCUCUUGGUACAAAGCACGGUGCAAGGCAAAGAGGAAACUGUCAUGUCAAGUUGCUUGAAUACUUGGACUGUUGAUGGCUUCUUUCUGCUAAACAGGGUCCUAAAUAUCUGUAUAUUUUACUAGCUGAUGUUUGUUGCACCAGUGCAUACUAGCAUGGAGGUGUGCCUGCUAGAUCUUUGCUAGGACAGUGGAUGCACACUUAUUCUCUCUUUUAUAGUGGAAUCCACUGUAGACUUCUGAAGCUAAAAGUUUAAAUUUUUAAUUUAAACAGUAUCUUAUUUUCUCUCUGAAGUGCUGUUGCAUGCUUCUAAAUGAAAUUGAAUUAAGUUAGUGAAUUGAGUUAGUGUUAUAUGAAGACUGAUUUAUUGCAGUGAUUUCAGAAUAAAAAGAUACAUAGGAAACUGUAUCAGUAACAUAUUGAUUCGAACAAUGUGGCAGUUUGAUUUAUCAAAUGUGUGUUUGAUCCCUUUAUGCACCUGAAUCACUUUAUGUACCUGAUUCCUCCUUUGAUUUCAGUGCAACGACUCAUAUCAGUCCAAAGCAAGUAAAGAAAUAUCUGAGAUUUGUUGGGAUCAUAAUUUUUCACCAAUGUAUGCAGCAAUAGCAUUCCUGGGGAAUUUGUGUGCGCCACAUUAAUGGAGUUUAGAGAUUACUGCAUAAAAUCUGGUUCUUUAGGUCAAGUCAUAAAGGAUUUUUAUCUCAGUGGAGUUCAGUUCAUAUCCUUUUUGUAUCAGCCAAAAGACAGUCAUUACAUGCACAACCUUCAGAGCAAUGGAGAAUUAAAUUCAGUACAAUUUCCUGUUUGUUUUAAUGCAACAGUUUUAAAUAAAAAAACCCAAACCCUAGUCAUCUAAGUAAAUAGAGAAA